AUGUCUACCUGCGAAUGGAGGGCCGACUGGUGUCUGUCGGCCAUGUAUGCCAUGAGACCGCACUUGUGUGACGUGAGUCUGGCCACGGAUGACAACCACCACAUCAGCGCCCAUAGAGUGGUGUUGGCGUCGACUCUGCAGUACUUCAACGCCAUGUUCAUCGGAUCCACAGUCGGUGGUCAGUACGUGGAGUCCGGACUCUACGAGAUCCACAUCAAGAACAUCGACGGCCCGGCGCUCAACGAGAUCAUCAAAUGGUGUUACACGGGAUGUGUGGACACGAGUGCAGACAAUGUCCAGCAGCUGAUGAGUGCGGCCAAGAUGUUGGACUGCGGACAUGUGGUCGCCAUUUGCAGCCAAUUCAUUGAAUCCCAAUUACAUCCCGAGAACGCUUUGGGUGUCUAUGGCUUCGCGGAACUCUUGGACUGUCGAGACCUCCAAGAGAGGGUAGGCCUCAUACCAGAGGACUCUGAGGACAUGUGGCACAUCUAUAACCUGAUCCAAGAGGGCGACAGUCUUCGUGCGUCCACAUUCCGCAAAGUAACCAUCGAGUCGGGCACCGGUAGCACACAGACGAACAAAGUGCGCACAAUGCUCACCAUCUGUAUAGAGUCGAUAGAGUACGACACCCAGGGAUGUGUACUGCGGGUGAAGGGAAAGAACAUUGAGGAGAACCAGUACGUGAAGAUGGGUCAGUACCACACCCUCGACAUCGAACAGAACCGCAAGUUCACGCUCACCAAAGCCCACUGGGAUAGUGUGGCUAUCGAGCGCUUGGACAUGGCCUGUGACCCGACACAGUCGGCCGAUUUGGGCGCCGUUGUCAUGAACGAGGGUAUAGCUCAUGUGUGUCUCGUGACCAGUAGUAUGACGUUAGUCAGGGCUAAGAUCGAUAUGAAUAUUCCUCGUAAGCGGAAAGGCUUUAUAUCCCAACACGAGAAGGGUCUCCAGAAGUUCUUUGACGCCGUUCUUCAAGCGAUUCUACGGCACAUGAACUUCGAGAUUGUCAAGUGUGUACUACUGGCCAGUCCGGGCUUCGUUAAGGACCAGUUCUAUGACUACAUGAAUGGACAGGCCGUCAAGAAUGACAUCAAAGUGUUGGUCGAGAAUAAGACUAAGUUUGUGUUAUGUCACGCCUCCUCCGGGUUUAAACACUCACUUAAAGAAGUACUGUCGGAUCCGCUCUUACAGUCACGUCUGGCCGACACGAAAGCUGCGUCCGAAGUGAAGGCAUUGCAGUCCUUCUACACAACCCUCCAGACCGAGCCCUGCAAAGCAUUUUAUGGCAUCAAACACGUGGAGAGGGCUAACGAAUGUCAAGCCAUAGAUUUGCUGCUAAUCUCCGAUAAAUUGUUCCGGUGUGCGAACGUUGCGGAACGGAAGCGAUUCGUGGCGUUAGUGGACAGCGUCCGUGAGAAUGGCGGUGAAGUCAAGCUGUUCUCCAGUCUACACGUGUCCGGUGAACAGUUGGAUCAGUUGACAGGAGUGGCCGCUAUCUUACGCUUCCCGAUGCAGGACUUGGACGACGAACCGGACGACAGUUCCGGUGAAGACGAUUAGCAAUGAAUUGAAGGAUUUGGACAAAUGACUAAAAAAACGUUUAAAUAAAUUAUAUUUAUUUUGAGAUUAAAUAAAAAGUAAAUUAUAUUUUCAUUUAAUUAACUAAUGGUUUGCAAUAAAAAACUAAAUCAAAUAAAA